CUCCGCCUCCCUGCCCACCCCACCCUCGCGCAGAAGGACUCGGAGGCGAGGCGGAGUCCCUGCCGCAGAGGCUGGGCGCGGUGGCAGCGGACCCCGUCCUCGGAUCCCGCCGGCGCCAUGUGGCUUUCGCUGCUGCUGCUGGCCGUGCUGCUGCUGGCGGUCCUCUGCAAAGGGCACCUGCGGCUGUCCGCCGGCAGGUCCCCGAACCCCUUCUCCGAGAACGUCAGGCGUCCCCCCGCGCCGCUGGUGACCGACAAGGGGGCUAGGAAGAAGGUUCUCAAGCGAGCUUUCUCAGCCAGCCAAGUGCCUGAGAAGCUGGAUGCAGUGGUGAUUGGCAGUGGCUUGGGGGGUCUGGCUGCAGCUGCGGUUCUGGCCAAAGCUGGCAAGCGAGUUCUGGUGCUGGAACAACACAGCAAGGCAGGAGGCUGCUGUCAUACUUUCGGACAGAGAGGCGUUGAGUUUGACACAGGAAUCCAUUAUGUUGGGUCCAUGCAAGAGGACAUUUGCCGUUUUGUCUUGGACCAGAUCACAGAGGGGCAGCUGGAAUGGGCUGCCUUGUCCUCUCCCUUUGACAUCAUGGUACUAGAAGGGCUCAAUGGCCGAAAGGAGUUCCCCAUGUACAGUGGGGAGAAAGCUUGCAUUCAGGGCCUCAAGGAGAAGUUUCCCCAGGAAGAAGCUGCCAUUGACAAAUAUGUAAAGCUGGUUAAGGUGGUGUCCCGUGGAGUCAUCCAUGCCAUCUGGUUGAAGAUGCUCCCGUUGCGCAUAGCUCAGCUCCUCAGCAAGUGUGGGCCGCUCACCCGGUUCUUUCCAUUCCUUCGUGCAUCCACCCAGAGCCUGGCUGAUGUCCUGCAGCAGCUGCCAGCCUCCCCGGAGCUCCGGGCAGUGCUGAGCUACAUCUUCCCCACUUAUGGUGUGACCCCCAGCCACAGUGCCUUUUCCAUGCAUGCUCUGGUGGUUGGCCACUACAUAGAAGGGGACUUUUACCCCCGAGGGGGUUCCAGUGAAAUUGCUUUCCACACCAUCCCUGUGAUUCAGCGGGCCGGGGGCGCUGUCCUGACCAGUGCCACUGUGCAGAGUGUGUUGCUGGACUCAGCUGGGAAAGCCUGUGGCGUCACUGUGAAGAAGGGUCAGGAGCUGGUGAACAUCUAUUGCCCCAUCGUGAUCUCCAAUGCAGGACUCUUCAAUACCUUUAAGUACCUGCUGCCUGAGAACGCCCGCUGCCUGCCAGGAACAAUUAGCAGCAGGAUAUGGACUAGGCCUCAGCUUCAUCCCUGGGUGGGGGGGCAGGGGGGCUUGUCCCUGGGGGUGACCUGGCCUCCAGGCAGUGCUGGUGGCAGCGAGGCCUGGGGACCAGCAGCCAUACUCCUUGCCCCCAGGAUGGAGCACUACCUCUCGAUGCCCAGUGAAAAGGCUGCAGCACACGUGCCCUUCUUCUUCAUUGCUUCCUCAUCAGCCAAGGAUCCCACUUGGGAGGUCCGGUUCCCAGAUCAGUCCACAAUGAUCGUGCUGAUGCCCACCCGCUAUGAGUGGUUUGAAGAGUGGCAGGAGGAAGUGACAGGGAGGCGGAGCAGCGACUAUGAGACCCUCAAAAACUCCUUUGUCGAAGCCUCCCUGUCGGUUGUCAUGAGGCUGUUCCCACAGCUACAGGGGAAGGUGGACAGUGUGGCCAGAGGGUCCCCACUGACCUACCAGUUUUAUCUGGCUGCUCCCCAGGGUGCCUGCUACGGGGCCGACCAUGACCUGGACUGCCUACAUCCCCACGUGAUGGCCUCCAUGAGGGCCCAAAGCCCCAUUCCCAACCUCUACCUGACAGGCCAGGAUAUCUUCACCUGUGGGUUGGUGGGGGCCUUGCAAGGGGCCAUGCUGUGCAGCAGUGCCAUCCUGAAGCGGAACUUGUACCUAGACCUUAAGAAGCUUUAUUCAAGGAUCCAGGCACAGAAGAAUUAGUUCAGUAAGCAAUGAGUUUGAGGAAUCCCACCGGACCUAGGGCACAGCCCUGGAUGUAGCUAUAACGUCUUUCUGUACUGGUUCCCUCCUCACAUAAAAACACUCUAAUUUGUUUCUGACUAGAGGUCUGACACACAGGUCACAGUCCUUGGAUCACAGUUCUCAAGCUGCGGCUCUUCCAGCUGGGCAGGUGGUGAGCUCUCAGACCUCUAACGUGUUGUCCCUGCUAAAAGGCCCAGUGUGGGCCAGUGACUUGGACAGCCUGUCUCGUCAAGCAGCGCUUUGCAGACCACACUCCCAUACCUCCCAACUCCGAGCAGUCAGAAGUCAAGUAUCCUUUUGGUCAGGUGGAUGGAACCUUCAGUGUUGGCCAGCUGAAGCAGCUUGGUCCAGCUGUCUCGAGGCUUCUCCUCUUCCAUUCUCCACGCUGCGCUGCAGCAGCUCCACACUACUCCUCGAGGAUAAAGGGUGCCUGAAGAGGUUUUUGUCAAAACCUGGGCAUGGUUUUACUUGUAGUUCCAUUAGGUUCAGAGGCCCCCAGAUCCCAUUUUUGUUGGUUCCAAGGGCUCUUUCAGAGGGUGGGGAAAUGCCUAGGAUAGGCUCAGUGUGGUUGACUGAAGACAUUAGUCAGCCAAAUAUAUGUUAGAAUAUCCAAUUCAUAUACAGACAGGCCCUAGGUUGGUCUUCCUUAUUUCCAAGGUGACACUGGGUCUUCACUGGGCCAGCACCAAGAUACCCUCAUGGAGCUCAGUACUGAGCCUCAAGGUUUAUCUUCCAAAAAUCCACAGCAAAGGGUGACAUUAGCAGCUGGGGCACAGGACUGAAAAGAUGACUUCACUGGGGUUGAAGCAGGUUGAAAGAGCA